AUGGCUGGUUUAACAGAAGACCACCCACCUCUUGGAAAUGACAAUAUAAAUGAAGAAAUUAAGCACAAGUCUGGAAAGGAUAUUGUUGAGACAGGAGGAGGAGAGAGAGAGAUGGCUCCGCCCGUCGGGAGUUCAAUUCAAAGGUCCACUUCUCGGCCGCAACUCGACCUCAGUGGUGCUGUUAUUAAGGGGAAUUUUGAGGAGAAAGACCCAACAAUUCUGUUACCUAAUCAAUCUGAUGAUAUCUCCCAUUUGGCUUUGGAUAUUGGAGGAUCUCUCAUCAAGUUGAUAUAUUUUUCAAGACACGAGGAGCGGUCAGUCAAUGACAGGAGGAAGAGGACAGUAAAGGAGAGAUUGGGUGUUUCAAAUGGAAACAGGAGAAGCUACCCUAUCUUGGGAGGGAGGCUUCAUUUUGUGAAGUUUGAGACGGCCAAGAUCAAUGAGUGCUUAGAUUUUAUCUCUUCAAAGCAGCUUCACCAUGGUGGGAUGGAUUCACAUGGUUGGAAUUCUGAGGCUCCAAAAAAUGACAAUGCCAUAAUUAAGGCUACAGGUGGCGGAGCAUUCAAGUUUGCAGAUCUCUUUAAGGAUAGGCUUGGUGUUAGUAUUGAGAAGGAAGACGAAAUGAACUGUCUUGUGGCUGGAGCAAAUUUUUUGCUCAAGGCAAUUCGUCAUGAAGCUUUCACACACAUGGAAGGUCAUAAAGAGUUUGUGCAGAUUGACCACAAUGAGCUAUUUCCGUAUCUUCUAGUUAAUAUCGGGUCCGGUGUCAGUAUGCUCAAGGUUGAUGGGGAUGGGAAGUUCCAGCGGGUUAGCGGGACAAAUGUUGGCGGUGGUACAUACUGGGGCUUAGGAAGGCUGUUAACAAAAUGCAAGAGUUUUGAUGAACUGUUGGAGCUAAGUCAACGGGGAGAUAAUAGAGCCGUAGACAUGCUUGUAGGUGACAUUUAUGGUGGUAUGGAUUACUCAAAGAUUGGUCUCUCUGCAUCAACGAUUGCUUCUAGUUUCGGCAAGGCUAUUUCUGAGAACAAGGAUCUUGAAGACUACAGACCUGAAGAUAUCUCUUUGUCACUCUUGCGCAUGAUUUCGUAUAACAUCGGGCAGAUAGCAUAUCUUAAUGCGUUACGAUUUGGACUUAAGCGGAUAUUUUUUGGAGGAUUUUUUAUAAGGGGUCACGCUUAUACGAUGGACACAAUCUCGUUCGCAGUUAAUUUCUGGUCACAGGGAGAUGCACAAGCAAUGUUUUUGCGGCAUGAAGGUUUUUUGGGAGCUUUAGGUGCAUUUAUGAGUUAUGAAAAGCAUGGGCUGGAUGACCUGAUGGUACAUCAGUUGGUAGAAAGGUUCCCGAUGGGUGCACCAUACACUGGUGGAAAGAUUCAUGGUCCACCACUGGGGGAUUUGAAUGAGAAGAUAUCUUGGAUGGAGAAGUUCGUGCAGAAGGGAAGUGAAAUUAUUGCUCCUGUUCCAAUGGCACCACCGGGAACGACUGGCCUUGGAGGCUUUGAAGCUCCAUCAUCCAAAGGAGAUACUCUGAGGUCUGAUGCAAGUAAUUUAAAUGUUGGUGUUCUCCAUCUUGUACCCACUUUGGAAGUUUUCCCACUAUUGGCGGACCCGAAAACAUAUGAGCCUAAUACUAUAGACCUCUCAGAUCACAGUGAGCUAGAAUAUUGGUUCACUGUGCUGUCAGAGCAUUUGCCAGACCUUGUUGAUAAGGCAGUGGCAAGUGAAGGCGGUACCGAUGACGCUGAAAGAAGGGCUAAUGCAUUUGCUCGUGCAUUCUCUGCCCACUUGGCAAGGUUGAUGGAGGAGCCAGCUGCAUAUGGGAAGUUGGGACUGGCCAACCUGUUAGAGCUAAGGGAAGAGUGCUUGAGAGAGUUCCAUUUUGUUGAUGCUUACCGAAGCAUAAAACAGAGGGAAAAUGAGGCAUCACUUGCUGUUUUACCUGAUCUUUUAAUGGAGCUUGAUAGUAUGAGUGAGGAAACAAGAAUGCUAACUUUAAUUGAAGGUGUACUUGCUGCAAACAUCUUUGAUUGGGGAUCCCGGGCUUGUGUUGACCUCUAUCACAAAGGAACAAUUAUUGAAAUAUAUAGGAUGAGUCGCAAAAAAAUGCAAAGACCUUGGAAGGUGGAUGAUUUUGAUGUUUUCAAGGCGAGGAUGUUAGGAUCUGGAGAAAAGAAACCUCGACCACAUAAAAGAGCAUUGCUCUUUGUGGAUAACUCAGGUGCUGACAUUGUUCUAGGAAUGCUUCCCUUGGCACGUGAACUUCUCCGACGUGGAACUGAAGUUGUGCUGGUUGCAAACUCCCUUCCUGCACUGAAUGAUGUUACUGCUAUGGAGCUGCCCGAUAUUGUGGCUGAGGCUGCCAAGCAUUGUGACAUUAUUCGGGGAGCUGCUGAAGCAGGAGGCUUGCUUGUGGAUGCAAUGAUUAACAUCCAAGAUGGUUCUAAAGAAAAAUCAAUUCCAGUUCCUUUGAUGGUUGUUGAGAACGGGUGUGGGAGUCCAUGCAUAGAUUUGAGACAGGUCAGCUUGGAGCUUGCUGCUGCUGCCAAAGAUGCUGAUUUGAUUAUUUUAGAAGGGAUGGGUCGAGCUUUGCAUACUAACUUUAAUGCGCGCUUUAAAUGUGAUGCUCUGAAGCUUGCAAUGGUGAAGAAUCAGCGAUUGGCAGGGAAGUUGAUUAAAGGAAAUAUAUAUGACUGUGUCUGCAGAUAUGAACCAGCGUCCUGA